AGACAAAGCUAGCUCUCAGAAUAGUAGUUAGCUUAGCUGUACGGUUUUAAUCGAGGUCUGCUCCUGAAGAUAAUCUAUGAGUCGCAGAAGGAACCGAGAUCUGGCUGAAGCUGGACCGUGUCUGGACCUCCACAGAACCUUCAUGGAGUCUCCCGGACCGGUGGGCCAGGUUGACGGCGAUUUCCUGGAGCUGGAAGCCGACGAGGAGCUCUUGUGUUCGGUCAGUGACAUCACCGAGCACCUGAGCAGAAACAUCACCGUGGUUCUGGACACAGCCCUGUCCAAGAUCCGGAAGAUGGUCAGCAUCCGGAUCCGAGUCCUGAAAGUGGAAUUGCGUGAGAAAACCGAGGAGAUUGAGGAGUUGAAAGCCCGGUUAGACAAAGUUCAGAGGGACGGCAGAGACCCGUUCCCCAGCCUAGAACCACCAGAACCGGGCCUCAGAAAACACGACCUUGGUUCUGGGUCCAAACCCAGCACCGAUCCUAGGAGACCCAAAGCUGUGGAUCCAGGCGUGAAGAAGGAGAACAUCGAUGCUAUUUGUGACUACUUGAUGAAAGAUAAGAACUCCAGAGGUUCUGCUGACAUGGACGGAGAACAGGUGUGUGAACCAGAACCACAUCCUUUGAACCUGUGGACGGACGGAUCCGGGCCUGGGGACGGAAACGCAGACGACCUGUUCAGUAUGAUCCCUUCUGGCAGCAAACGGGUCUACGACUACGAAUGGAUGAACUAUCCCUCUGAGCUGAAAGCCCAGGUCCUGAAGGAACCUGAAGCUGAAAACAAUCAGACCUGUAAGGCCAAGGAGGAUGGACAUGAAGACGAGCUGUCCACAGAGGACCAGGCCCAGGGGCUGCUGUCUCACAUUCAGUCCUCUGAGUUCUCCGUUGACCUGCACAACUCCCCAGGAGGGGGAGGGAGCCACCUGGAGACCGCUACGGACAAGCCUGAGGGGGGGCAGCCAUUUCCCAGCCACACCUACAUCUGCUCGCUGUGUGGAACCUUCUGUCCCGGCUCCAUGUUCCUGGAAGAACACAUCAAACUGAUACACCCCGACUCUGAUGAAACCCGAGCCUUCAAGGCCCUGCAGUGCACCUCUUCUGCUGCUCUCUCCAUGGUAGAUGGGACUGAUUCUGUGAGAGCUGUCGGCGAGGACGGACCAGGUUCUGGUGUCGGCGUGGGUCGACCUUUGAAAAAGGAGAUUAAAAUUGAGGGUGGGUAUGAAUGUGGGGACUGCGGCCGCCAUUUUAACUAUCUCGGCAACCUUCGGCAGCACCAGCGCAUUCACACCGGAGAGAAACCGUUUGUUUGUCCGGAGUGCGGGGAGAGAUUCCGCCACGCAGCCCGUUUGAAAAGCCACCGGUUGGUCCACAGUGGCGCUCAGAGUCCAUUUCCCUGUCCGCAGUGCGGUAAAGGCUUCUCGGUGCUGUCUGGACUCAAAAGACACCAAAGGGUGCACACCGGAGAGAGUCCGUAUGCGUGCCCUCAGUGCGGCCGCUGCUUCAAGGAGCUCGGGAAUCUGUACACCCACCAGAGGAUUCACAGUGGGGCCACACCUUACUGCUGUCAGCAUUGUGGACGCAGCUUCCGCCAUCUUGGAACGUAUAAGAGUCAUCGCUGCAUGCCGGCACAGUAACCUGCUGCUGAGGACUGAGACCAGAUUCUCUAGACUCUGUACCCUCGUUUGUGGGAAGAACUGGUCCUCCAGAAAAUACUUUGCCCAGCAGGUUCAUGGUUGACUGAAGAGUCCCAAUGUUCUGGAGCUCUUAAUGAAAACGUGUUAUAUGAGGGCGUCUGGCUAGCCUGCAGACUUCAAACCAGAUCAUGUUAAGAAGUAAUUGUGUCUCAUUUCAUUAUGUCCCCAUCAACAGCUGGACGUGACCACAACUGUUCACAGCAAACAUCAGGAUGUUGAGCUUGUUGUCACCAGAAGUCCAGCAUCAAACCCAGACUCUGAUGUUUUACUGCAUCACACCUCUAAAUGUCUUCAUUUGUGUUAGAACAUCUUGAACAUCUCAUGGACUCGCUGGAGUACUUUAUUUUCAGGAGAACAAACUAGAUAGCAGAUUAGUUUUCAUCAGGAGGAAGGAAACAACAGAAGUGUACAUUUAUGAACCUAAUUUAAAGAAGCAUCUUCUGAUAAACAAAUUUUCAUGUUCUCCUGUAUGUUCAGCAGA